GCCUACAGGAAUCAGACAAAAGUUGUCAGAUCAGCUUGUGAUGGGUCCUUAGGCAGCGAGAUCCUUCUCGCCUCUUUACUCCAUCCGCCAUUGCUAUUGCGGACAGAGAUGUCUAUAAUCUGUUGUGGAACCAAAGCUUCUCGGAUCUCAACCUACAAACCUCAUCAUACUCCACCGUGGCUACUGAGCUUCUUCUUUGCUCUUCAGCACCUCUUGGUCCAGACUUCCCUGCUGUGCACCUGCCAUAGUCUUCUCUACCAGAACCUGCGCCUGUCAGCCCCAGACCAGAGCCGUCUAUUGGCCAGUAGCCUCUUUGCCUGUGGGAUAGCCACCAGCCUACAAAGUGGUCUCGGAACAAGGCUACCAUUGGUGCAAUCUCCGACGUUGGAGCUGCUUAUCCCGGCUGUGAUUCUAAGCAGGCACUCCACUGCCAACAGAACUAACAUUGGGGUUGAGUCCCAGGGUGAAGAAAACUGUACAGGAAGUGAAUGUGGACAGAGUGACACCCAGCCAAUCAGAGAGGUCUCAGGGGCACUACUAGUUUCAGGAGUUCUCCAGGUUCUUACAGGAAUCUUCGGGCUGUGGGGAUGGAUUCUGCAGUUUUGUGGCCCAAUGGUCAUUGCCCCGGCGCUGUCCAUCAUUGGCCUCUCCUGCUACAAGCCAGCGGCCCAGCUCUGUUCUUUCAGCUGGAGCAUCUCCUUGAGCCUCAUCGCAGCGAUCACAUUUUUGUCACAAUCCCUGCGGUCUCUUCACUUCCCCGUCUACAUCUGGAAUAAGAAAGGAGAAGAAGAAGGGAAGAAGUUUGCUCCGGUCUUUCGCAUGUUGUCGAUGCUCCUCUGCAUUUCUUGUAUCUGGAUGGUUUGCACCUUCUGGGUUCCACAUGAACAGAUCGAGUUUCCGAGUGAAUUCCGCCUGGCGCAGAACACAUCUGGAUCCUUCACCAGCAGAACGCGUAUGUUUGCAGCUAAUCGCGGAGGAAACACUACGGACCCGGCCCCAUGGUUCCAGUUUCCAUCUCUAGGGGCCUGGGGAUGGCCACGGCUCAGUGUGAAGACUCUCAGUAUGGGCAUUGCCAUGACCCUGACCUCCUGCCUGUCUUCCCUUGGGUGUUAUAUCUUAUGUUCCCGGAUGCUGUGCUGCCCCCCUCUACCGUUCCACUCCUGUAACCGUGGCAUAUGCAUGGAGGGGGUUGGAAAUAUCCUCUCCGGAAUGUUGGGUGGAGUGUGCGGUGCCGGAUCCAACAUCCCCAGUGCUGGCGUUACCGGAAUCACCCAGGUGGGUUCCCGUCACUCCAGCCAGUUGAGUGCAAUACUCUUCGUUCUCUUGGGCUGCUCUCCCCGGCUCUCCCAGUUGCUGAUGACAAUCCCUUUUGCUGUCCAUGGUGGCACGUUGUGUCUGACAUUCUCCAUGGCGGUAGGCGGAGGAGUCUCCUUCUUUCAGUAUGCAGAUAUUGACUCGGGAAGAAACAUCUUCAUUGUUGGCUUUACAAUGUUCAUGGCUCUGCUGGUGCCUCGCUGGCUGGAAGCAAUGCCAACCAAACUGGACACAGGCUUGCCUGCAGUGGAUAUGCUCCUGUUCUCUCUUCUCACCACCCCCAUUUUUCUAGGAGGAUUAUUCUCAUUUAUUCUGGAUAAUACAGUGGAAGGAUCUUUGGAGGAACGGGGGCUACAUAAAAGCAUUUCCCUCUGGCCAUCUACCUCCGGUGACAACACGCGCAGGGGUCAGGAUGAGCAGCUGGCACAGACUUACAGCCUUCCUCCAGUUGUGGCUCGCUUCUUUCCCACCGUGUACCCCUUUACCCAACUGUGCCCCCCUCCAUCUGAGACGGUGGUAAUAACAGAGGGGGAGGAUCACAAACUGUUACCAGUAAGAUCACCAGUGACUGAUGGUGAGCAGGGAUUGCUACCAAGCACAGAAAACUGUGGUUCUGAACCUGGAGGACCUGUAUAAUGGACUUUAUUUAUAGCUUGUGUAAUUGGAAAUGGUACUGAUAUUAAACUGGUCUGUGGAGUCAAUGGAUGAAAAUCCCAAAGAAAUAUUUCUGACCCAAGAAAAUUUGGAAAAGUGUACACAGUAGUACAAUGUCUAUCAAACCACAUGACUAGCAACCUCCAAAUUGAGGUUCUUACCUCUUUUCUGUGCAGGUUGUCUACAUUUAGCUGUGCAAUCGAAUAUGCACCAAUGUUAGAACCGGUGCACUCAGUACUCUAUAACAGGUCAGACACACCCCCUCUCUGUGCAAUACAAGUCUGUGUGAGGACAAUUGUGAUGAGAGGGUGUGGCCAAUACUCAGCUCUACCAACAUAGAGCACUGAACUGGGAGCAUGGAGCCGCAUUUUCACCGAUACAAAAGGGUAAUUUAAAGACAUUUCAAGGCAAACUGCAGUCACAAAUCGGAACGUGCUGGAGUACAAGAUGGAUAACUUCAAUUGGACUUUAAAAAUAGUUAUUUUUUAACCAAUGAAUUUUAACCACUUAAGGACCGGACCAAUAUGCUGCCUAAAGA